AUGAAUUCAAUUCUGCGCCAUGGAGUCGAGUGGAGGAGACUCCUUCAGGCGGGUGUUGUUGGUAUUAGCGCAGCAGUUGUUGUCAAGGUUUGUUGUCAACCGGAACUGCCAGAGUCAUGGCGGCAACGUCGGACAUUCACUGUGGUACCGGCUGACACCAAGGUGUUUGAUGCCCAGAACAAAGCUCUUCAAAUGGUUGCCAACGCAGCAGGUCUGGCCCUUCAUGACCUGCAGCGGGUUGUGCGGAGCAACUGGUGUGGGCUGGAGCUGAUUGCUGAGGUCAUCGCUGCAGCACCGGAGAACGACAAGAGGUCUUUGGCUGAGCAGAUGGCUCAACGUGCAAGACGCCAGAACUUGCUGCCGCAGGCCGACGAUGUUCAAAAUGCUGUUGCCUCGUCAAGGCCGAGGCCUGAGACGCGCCGAACGUAUGGUGUGGAUGUAGGUGGUGAUGCACCUCUAUACUUGGCGAGUGGACAUGAAGUAUCCGACAUCAAUGCAGCACUUGAGCAGCUGCGGGAUGAGGGUCUGGUGAUCUUGUCCGCUGAGGCGCAGCACGAGGAGGUCAGGAAAGCCUUGCGGCUGCCAGGCCUUGGGCGGCCAGUGCGGGAGGUGCCAAGCAGAGAAAUCCUGGCACUUGGCUGUUCUGCACCAUUGGAACCAUCGGCGGGUCGCCGGCAUUUCCUGCUACGAGGCACAGACUUCGCAGAGCAAGUGGUUGUGCCAUUGCUGGCCCCAAUCAUGCCGCUGUGCUAUCGAUACUUCAGCGAAAAUCGCCCGGAUGCAAGUCCAGGCUCUUUCCUGAACGAUGGCAACGGUCACUCGUGCUCACGUCUGUAUCUGUCUGAAUGCCAACUCUUGGUAUCCGAUCCUGGAGCGGUAAACCAGAUGUGGCACUGCGAUGCUUGGCUCACAGGAGAAGACAAAUGUGAAGGACUUACCGUCAUUUUGCCCUUGACAGAGGUGGAUGAUGAGUUGGGUCCCACAAACUUGCUUCCAGGCUCGCAUCUCUUCGCAGGCUUCAACCUUGGCGCCACCAUGAAGGGUCUCAAGGCCCUUGCGGCUGCAGGUGGAAGUGUGGCCCCAACACCACUUCGACCUGGCCAGGCACUGAUCUACGAUGCUCGCUUGAUGCAUCGCGGUCUAGCGAACAGCUCAUACAACCGGUGUCGAGUGGUAGUGGUGAUGCGGCUGGACAUGCUUGACACUCCACCACCUGGAGCAACGGUUUUUCAAACAGCCAUGAUCAGAGCUCUUGGAGUCUUGCUGCAGGGCCUAAGCUCAGUGUACAAAGUAUUGCCAAUCCCAAACCUGAGAACAGCCUGAUCAAAGCUCCCAUGAAAAAUGAGACAGCAAUGUUGACAAAAGCAGCAUUUUCCUCUCAUCAUUUCUUGAUGAAGAGCCCAAAUGGGCUCCUGGGCUCCUUAAUACUCUGUGAAGUCUAGAGCUCAAAGCAGCUUUCUGAUUUCUAUAGCGCCCUGACAACAA